GACAUCAGCCAGUCGGAGGAGUUCUUGGCUGCGUUCACCUCUCUCUGCGACCAGUCCAAGAUUCCAGCUGGCGAAGACCUCGCGAAAUUGGCUGAGAGCAAAGCUUCCAAGCAGGAAGGCAUGGGGAAGGCUGCGGUCAUCCUGAGCGAAAGUGUCAUCAUUUUUUGCCUCAAGGUCAUCAACAAUGACAAGGAGAGUGCGGGUGAGAAGGAGAAGAAGAAGAGCCUCCUGGUGUCUCAGUGGGCAGAGGUUGAGGCAGAAAGCCAGGGCAGAUCGGAAGAUUUGGUGCAUCCUUUUGUCAAAAACAUGGCGAUCAAAUUGAUGAAAUCGAAGCCUGAGUCGAAGUCUAAAGCAGACCUUGAGUAG